AUGGCGUUCCCAAUCGCAGAAGUGUUUUCGCGAAAUUACAUCUUGGACCAUGUUUGGUUCCUUCAGAGAUUCCGCGCUCUGCUUACCCACGUCGAGUCGCCUGGGUUGUCAGCUACUCACUACCCGCCUUCUCUUGUAAACAGGGCUACUGAAGAAGAGAAUCGGCAAUGGAGAGUUCAGGCCUUCUUGAUGAACGCGGAGGUGCGGUAUUCCUUUUAUCUUCAAGUCCUGGACGAUUGGAUUCGCCAACAUGGCCGUACAGCACUUAAGAGGGAUUGGCCGCUCCCGCCCUGGGAUGUUGCGGUUAUGUUCUACAUUCACAUGUUAUCCCCUGAGCGGUUCCAGAAGGACAUGACCACAGAGUACCGUCGCCUAUGGACCGCUGGGCUCUUCUUCCCUCUCGCCCGACUCAGGGCAUUGGGAGACGGCAGUGACGAGGCCUCGCAGAAGGCAUGGGAAGCUCUGUAUCCCGACAUUCCCUAUCAACUUUUCGAAUUCGGGCCCAACGACGAUAGCGCACGGCUCUCGACAAAACACCUACAGCAGCUUGAUAUCCGGGGCUAUAAAUGCGGCUCCAAACCUUGCACAACCCGCACUCGGAAGAACAACCACCAAAUCAUUCCGAUGGUUGAAUGGUCCGCCUACCGCCUCGGCAAGCGCCACAGUCCGGUCUGCCCCUCUUGCAAGACGAGCUUCUCGUCGAAGCAAGGCGGAUACAGCUCAGCCUUUGCGAAAUUCUGUGAGACCGUUUUCGGCCAACACGUGUUUGGGCUCUGGGACGCACCGCUACGCCAGAUCGGCUUUAUCGACCGGAUCCUAUCCCAGACGAGGACUGCGGGUCUGUCAACGACAACCUGGCCACUACCAAUCACAACACUCAUUAAUGAUGCCCAAAUUGAGGUCUACCAGGCCCGGUAUGUAAAGUUCCUGCAGCUCAUGAAAACACACCCCAGCACCAUCUUCGUGCCGACGCUCGACAUCGAUCUCGUCUGGCACACCCACCAACUCUCGCCCUACGCAUACAGCACCUACUGCCGCACCCACGUCGGCCGCCCCAUCAACCACGACGACACCAUCCCCGCGACCGGCCGGUCCACCGCGCUCGACGACACCAAGCGGUACUGGAGCCUGGCCUACGGGGAACUGUUUCUGGGCGGACCGGCGAAGACCACUACGCUCCUGCACGAGAAGCUAGCGGUUAUGGCUGUGCGAAAGCAAGAGAAGGAGGCGGGACUAGAGGAGUUUGACCGCACCCACAAUGUGAAGGCUUUCACCGAGGACGUGGAGCGGCAACAGCGGGAAGUCACGCAGAUCGUUGGAAAACUGUUGGCGCUGGGGAACGAGCGGGACACCCUCCGUCGCGUGCUUAGCCAACGACAGCGCGAGCGGGACUGGAUUCGGCCGAAAAUCAAGUUGUUUGGGCUCAAGUACUACUCCAGAAAGGGCAAGGCCGCACGGAAGCUAAAAGAACAGGAGGUUUUGGAGGCGGAGAAGCAGAAGAACGCGAAACAAGCGGAAUACGAUGAGUUGGAUCAAGGUUCUCGCGCGACUAGGGACGAAUGGACACGCAAGCAGAACCUCCACAAAUCACUAAUGGUGGAUAGAUCGGCGCUCGAGGCGCGGCUCCAGGCCCCAGUGGCCGCCGUGGAAGAAGAGAUUGUGCGAGAUUGUAUUGAGUAUGCCGAUAAACUCAGGGGAACCCCGUUGGGCGAGGGAAUUAGGAGUGUAGUGCCCUCUGAUGCACAGAUCAUGCCGUUGCCUGUGGUAGGGAAGUGGCCUCGGGGACAUAACGGGCCGGUGCGGAGUUGGGGCACGGGAGUCGGUACGGUGUCGUACUCGCAGCCUUCUAGUGGGGGAGGAGGGGGUUCGUUUGGCGGGCUUGCGUUUGGGCCGGACUACUCAGGUGAUUAUGGGGGCUGCGGAGGUGACGGCUGGGGCUCACCUAGUAGCGGUGGAGGAGGAGGCGGUUGCGGGGGUGGUGGUGGUGGUGGAAGUUCCAGCGGGGGUGGGUGUGGAGGAGGAGGUGGUGGUGGUGGUGGUUGCGGAGGUGGCGGUGGAUGUGGAGGUGGAGGUGGUGGAUGUGGUGGAGGGUAA